AUGACCUCGUCUCAAUCUCCCCUCAUUGAAGCUCUCAGCGAUAUAUCCACCAACAUGUGGAUAGUCCUCGGCAUCAUUGCUGCCGUCGUCGGCGCCGUGGCGUACGGAACAGCAAUGCCACGAAACUUUCCACGAAACAUCCCUAGAGUGCCUCUGUGGAAACAUUUCUACAUUGUACUCAGGGGAGCAUCCAAGUCUGAUGUGUAUAAUCGGCUUGUUCGAGACCUUAUCGAGAAGCAUGGCGUGGUGGCCUUUUGGAAUGAGGGCGCCUGGACGAUUCUGGUGACAAAGCCAGAGUAUCUGGUGCAAAUCUUCAGAAACAGCGACCGAAAACUAAACAAAAUGGGACUUGCCGAAAGAAUCCCCUGGGGCAGCGGCGCAAAGCUCUUUGGCAUCAACAUCAUCGACUCGGAUGGCGAACAGUACGUGACGUUCCGCAAGCUUCUCAAAGAAGGCUUUUGUCUUCCCGCACCACUAGACUCGUUCCGCCAAAAAGGCAGAGAUCUUGCACAGAAGCUUCUUAAGAGCCAGUCCAACAUCGAGGGCCAAAACUGCGGUGUUUUAAUUGGUCCUCCUGUCUGGCGCUGGGCGCUCUCUGUCUGGGGCGAAUAUUUCCUGGAUGCUCAGUUCGACAACAACAUGGAUUACCGAACAUUCAACAUCCAGCAGAUCCUCGGGGUACAGAACCGAAAGUUCAUGGGAAGAUUAAAAGGCCUUUUCCCCUUCUUGGACAACCUUCCUUUCAAGUGGCCCGUUACCGCCCAUUCCGACAGGCUGUUGCAUGAGGUCCAAUCGAGACUUCUUCGACUGGCAGAAGACAGAUGCAGAUCGCCACCCCCUCCUGAUGGCGAGAACAAGAUCGGUUUCAGUCUUCACCGCGCACGUGAGCAGAAUCUCAUGUCCGAGUACCACUACCAAUGCAACCACAAACAGCUCUUCAUUGCCGGCCACGAAAAUGUGGAAACGACGCUCAACUCGGCCAUGGAGGAGCUCGGGGCCAAUCCGCACAUCCAGCAGCUUCUCCGAGAGGAGGUUACUCAGGCGAUCCCCUGGGACUAUUCCUUCAAGGACCUGGACCAGCUUCCGCUUCUGAAUGCCGUCAUUUACGAGGCACUGCGCCUCUAUCCGCCGCUUGGCCACAUGUCGAACCGCAUCGCAACCGAGCCGUACGUGCUGGGUGAGGACAUUGCUGUUCCCAAGGGCAUGAUGCUGGGCUGGCAUGCAUACGGCAUUCAGACUGAUCCUCACGUGUGGGGAGAGACUGCUCGCAAGUUUGACCCUUUUCGCUGGGGCAAGGACUCGGCCAGCGUCAAGCAGAUGCUGCGCCAGAGGCAGGCUCGUGGCCAAUAUCUUCCAUUCGGUAUUUAUGGAAGAAAGUGCCUGGGCUUCAAUAUUGCCAUGCAAAUGCUGCAGUCCACCUUGUGUGAGCUUGUACGCAACAUUGAGUGGAAGCACCCGGAAGGCUACACGUUUGCCUACGGCAAGGCUGCUUUGGUUAUGCCGGACAACAUCACGAUGCAGAUUGUCGAGAGGCGAAGCGAGCCUGAAAAGUUGGUCCAAGAUGAAUAA